UGACGGGAGAGGAGGAGGAGGAGGAGGAGGAGGACGAAUCUGCGCAUGCGCCUGCGAGCUCUCGGACCGCGGUUCUCUGUCGGCGACUCCCAACCACUCAUCGGCACCGAAAGACGCAGUGAGAAGCAGACGACGCACGGAGCACAGGUCUCUUCUCUGGAGAGAGAAAAAACACAAGCAGAAGAGAGCCAGGAAACGGACGGAAAAAUGCCCAAAGCGGUCAAUGUUCGCGUCACCACCAUGGACGCUGAGCUGGAGUUUGCCAUCCAGCCCAGCACCACCGGCAAACAGCUGUUUGACCAGGUGGUGAAAACCGUCGGCUUACGCGAGGUCUGGUACUUCGGACUUCAGUACAUGGAUGCCAAAGGUUACUACACUUGGCUGAAACUUGACAAAAAGGUGUCGUCCCAGGACGUGAAGAAGGAGAACCCGCUCCAGUUUAAGUUCCGGGCCAAGUUCUUCCCCGAGGACGUGUCGGAGGAGCUGAUCCAGGACAUCACGCAGAAGCUGUUCUUCCUGCAGGUGAAGGAGGGAAUCCUGAGCGACGAGGUCUACUGCCCGCCAGAGACUGCCGUGCUGCUGGCCUCCUACUCUGUCCAGGCCAAGUUCGGAGACUACAACAAAGAAGUCCACCGGCCUGGAUACCUGCUGUCGGAACGCCUGCUGCCACACAGAGUCAUGGAGCAGCACAAGUUAUCCAGAGAACAGUGGGAGGAGAGGAUCCAGGUUUGGCACGAGGAGCACCGUGGGAUGUUGAAGGAGGACGCGAUGCUCGAGUACCUGAAGAUCGCCCAGGACCUGGAAAUGUACGGAGUCAACUACUUUGACAUUAAGAAUAAGAAGGGAACAGAGCUGUGGCUGGGGGUGGAUGCCCUAGGACUCAACAUUUACGAGAAGGAAGACAAAUUGACCCCAAAGAUUGGCUUCCCCUGGAGCGAGAUCAGAAACAUUUCCUUCAAUGACAAGAAAUUCAUCAUCAAGCCCAUUGACAAAAAAUCUCCGGACUUUGUGUUUUAUGCCCCGAGACUGCGCAUAAACAAGCGCAUCCUGCAGCUGUGCAUGGGCAACCACGAGCUGUACAUGCGCCGCCGCAAGCCAGACACGAUCGAGGUGCAGCAGAUGAAGGCGCAGGCCCGGGAGGAGAAGCAACAGAAGCAGAUGGAGAGGGCCCAGCUGGAGAACGAGAAGAAGAAGCGGGAGGCCAUCGAGAGAGAGAAGGAGCAGAUGGAGCAAGAGAAGCAGGCUCUGGUGAUGAGGCUCUACCAGUUUGAGGAGAAGACCAAGAAGGCGGAGAAAGAUCUGCAGGACCAGGUCCAGAGAGCCGGCAUGCUGGAGCAGGAGCGGAGGAGAGCCGAGGAGGAGGCGGCUCGCCUGGAGACCGAGCGCCAGGCCGCCCUCCUGGCUAAAGAGGAGCUCGCCCGCCAGGCCGAGGACCAGAAGAAGAGUCAGGAGCAGCUGGCCGCGGAGCUGGCAGAGCACACAGCCAAGAUCACCAUGCUGGAGGAGGCCAAGAGACGCAAGGAGGAGGAGGCCGACACAUGGCAGCUCAAGGCCAUGGAGGCCCAGGACGACCUGAUCAAGACCAAAGAGGAGCUGCACAUGGUGAUGACGGUGCCGCCGCCGCCGCCCCCUCCUCCCGUGUACGACCACCUGGACGACAACAGCGACAGCGAGGAGAACGCCAGCAUGAACAGCGCCGACCUGCAGAUGGAAGGCAUCAACGACCACCGCAUGGAGGAGGAUCGCCUGACCGAGGCGGAGAAGAACGAGCGCGUCCAGACGCAGCUGAAGGCCCUGACCUCAGAGCUGGCUCAGGCACGUGACGAAUCCAAGAACACCCAGAACGACCUGCUCCACAGCGAGAACGUGCGAGCCGGCCGAGACAAGUACAAAACCCUGCGACAGAUCAGGUCGGGCAACACCAAGCAGAGGAUCGACGAGUUCGAGGCCUUAUAAGAAGCCCCCCACCCCCGGGCGCGUACCCUUUCUGAAUGGUCACUACAUCUUUUGCUCCUGGGUUGACACGUACAUCGACACACACACGCUCAUACGACUCACACACACAUACACAGACACACACACACACACACACGCACACACACACGCGCACACACACACACACACACACACACACACACACACGACUCAACUGGAGCAGAAGCAUCACUUGCAGAGAGAGAUGAACUCCUGUUGUAACUUUGUCGGGCUUUGCGAAUCCUUUGAAGACAACUUAGUGCCAAAAACCUCCUCUCUCCUUAGUGUCUCGUAUCUUAUUUGUGUAUUUUGAUUGUGUCGUUUGAUCCGUUCAGACCAAAUCAUCAUUGUUUUUAAGCAGACCUGUGUUGAAGUAGCGGGAAAUAGCCAAAUUUUAUUAUUAUUAAUAGUAUUAUUAUUAUUAUUAUUAUCAUUAUUAUUAUUUCAUAACGUGCACAUAGGAUAUAUGUAAUCAAAGCCUGGCUUCUUCAUUUUGUUGAUGUCUGUCAUCUGUUGUGUAGGAAGAAAAGGACAGUUUCAUCCACCGCGACCACUCAGAAAGGGGAAAACAGUAUAAGCAGAAAAAAAAUUGUUUGUUUUUGUUUUCCAUUAUAUUUGAACACUUCCAUUUAUGUUUAAUAUUGCUAUACAGUAGUUUAAAUCAUGCCUAGUUUGAUAUUUAUACUGUAUAUGGGACAUUAAAAAGGGUAUUUCAUCUUGGUUUGUAUAUUUUUGCUAUCUACUAAUGAUAAAGGAAACAUUUAAUGUGUUUCAAAGGUUUUAUAUAUUGACCCAAAAUAAUAGCAGUCUUACGCUCCAUAUGUUUUUGUUUUUUCUUUAGAUCACUAAAUUAAAGAGAUUUAAUUGUAAAUUAUUAUUUUUUACUGUAGGAAAUAUCAAGCUGCAUGCCAUGAAAUCAGUCGAGGAGAUCGCUGUGUGUCUCUCUAGGUACUUUUUGAUUAAGUGAUUAAGGGACACUUUUCAUAUAAUAUAUUUUAUUCCUGUCUGUUCUGUGUCGCGCCGCACAUUUAUUUUAACCCUCCAAAGUGGCCUUUCUCUCUGGCUGCCCCUCCUCGUCAGGGUCCGGUCCCAGACAGUUGGGCUUCACUUUCUUAGCCCAAGGUGCACACACUCACAAAAGAAAUAUAGAUGUAACUUACACAAACUCCUUUCUUUUGUGUGUGUGUUAGACCUCAGACCGCUGAGGAUUCAAUGAGGGGUCGGGGUGAACGUUACAAAAAGAUCUUUCAUUCCGCAGCUUGGUCACAGAGGACGGACCCCGACAGUAUGACACCGACAUCUCCCGCUCUCUUCUCUCUGGACACAGAAGCACCGACUUACACUGUAAUGCAAACACACGGCUCUGCUGGUUCUUUGUAUACGAGCAGGAUUUUAUAAUGAGGUGUUCAGCACAUUGGCAAUAAAAUAAAAUAAAAAUCGAUGAUUCCA